CUCACCCUGCUCCCGUCCAUUGGCUUUGAUCUAGACGGUUACGAUGCACUCCAUCUACUCUAGAAUCAAUAAUGUCUCCGCUAUGCUCUCGACGUGUCUAAUGGUCCUCCUUGGCGCCAUCUCCCUGUCCUCGUUCCUCUUCACCUCGACGCCUCCACCAGGAACCCUGGCCGUGACCAACGUGAAAGUCUUCCCGGGCAAUGCGCGUCGAUACGCGAAUAAGUACCAAGACUUUGCCUUCGUCAACUUCAACCUUACAGCGGAUCUCAAGCCAUUAUUCAACUGGAACACCAAGCAACUCUUCAUCUACGUUAGCGCGGAGUAUGAGAACAGGCAGGGGACGAAAAACGAGGUCGUGAUAUUUGAUCGUAUUGUUCAAAACAAGGAAGAUGCAUACAUCGAUAUUGCUGGCCGAAACAAAUACGUGUUCCGCGAUGUGAGCGCGUCGUUCGAGGACUCAACGCCGGCACACUACAGUCUCAAGUACAACGUGAUGCCCUACGUCGGGAUCCUCACAUAUGGCGAGGCUGCACGCACUGUCGACCCUGUUCCAUUCCCCGAAAGUCAGGAUCUCUCGUGACGUGAUCCCGACGAUUGUUCCCAUGUGUCGAAUAAGUUACAGGCCAUUCUGGGAUUUCGCAGCCAUGUGUUUUAUUAUAUCAUAUUGCAGCACCAUGCUUAUCAUGGUGGGAGAUUUGACAAGGAACGCAAUCGAGCCUC